AUGGGUCCGCAACUAGCUACGAUUAGCUACGCCCGACAGGACAGGCGGGGGCAAUACUGCGCAGUGCUCUGCGCCAAAGACUACGCGCGGCGCUGUAGCCCACACGUCGAAGUUCAGGGCGGCGCCGACUUGUUGCAUUGGGGUGCGGCAAAGGGUGAGACGAUGCCCAUCGGGGGCUGCGGCCUGGACCCUGUGAAGGCCGCAGCCCUUCAGUGGACAGGCGUCAACGAGCUCUGCGAGGAGGUUUUCGGCAAGCGAAGCGAGCUGCUGAAGUCCGGUGCCCAAGGCUACAGGUCAGAGAUUGCGGUGGUGACUCGGCUGAGCGUGCGCGAGAUUGAUGAGGUGGGGCACCCGGUGCCGUUGCUUAAGCAGGCAAACAUGUCUUUGGCGCCAACUCUGGGAAGGGAAGGUGACGGGGGCCUUUGCACGGCUUCCCUCCGUGGUGCCGAGGGAGGUGCAGGAAGUCGGCAUCGGGGUGAGAACGAUAUAAAUGAGCAGGGUGCGGGUGCGGUGAACGUGGUCGUCAUCUUCUGCCUGGACUGGAGCGCUUCGAUGAAGUCCAACGACACCAGGACGCAGUACAACCGAUUUCAGACCUGCGUCCAGUGCCAGCCACAGUCUGUCGCGCGAGGCAGUUCUUUGGACAUCUUGUUGCCGAAUGCACACAACUUAGCCGGGACCCCUUGCGCGGUAGAGCCCGCAAUGAAGUUUGAGACGAAGGGUGUUCUGCAUGUGGAUGUGCGGGAUGGUACAGCAGCGCCCGGCUGCCUUGAAAGCAAAGCUGCAAGCAACCGCCGAUCGCUGGGCUUCUUCUGUUGCAGCUUCUGUUCAUGGCUUCAGGAGGGCCACGAGAAGACUCGCAACGGUCCCCCUCCGCGCAUCUCCAUUGGCUCGCACGACGACGCGCAUGUCAAGGUCGAGGACGAGCGAGUGGCAUCUCGUCACUGCGUCGUGUUCAAGGAGGGCCGCCACUGGUUCGUCGAGGGCGUCUCAACGCAGCGGCCGAUGCGUCUGGGCGACGUACAGCUGGAGCCAGGCGUGGCCUACCAGCUACGCUCUGGUGACGUGUUCUCUCUCGACGCACUGGGGAGUGCUUUGCAAUACCUCGUCGAGUUCGACGACGCAGACAACUGGUACCUCGAUGUGGUUUCCGACAAGGACUUUCCCAACCGAUGGCCUGCAAAGAUGCCAGGUCAUCCGACGGAAGCACCGGAGGCGCCAGAAGAGCUGAAACGAUUGGCCUGGCAAACCGACCAAAUGCGACGUCGAUCUGAGGAGGAUCAAGUUCUCGUAGCCGAUUGGGCAGCAUUUUCACAGUAUGUCAAGAAGCACUACCACAAGUAUGGCAUCUUCGCCGAGCCUUGGCAGGGUUCGCUCGGCCCGGCGCCCCCACGGCCACCAAAGCCAGCGCCCAGGCCUUGGCCGAAGUGGGUGGCCGAGCUUGUGGCAGAGGAGCAGAUGCUGCCGUAUGUGGACAGGCUCGGGAUUCGGGACACUUGA